GGACGCGGCACGGGAAAAUACUCCGCAAACGCAAGCGGCGGCCACCGCGGCGCGGUUCCGUAGGCGGCUUCGUCACCAGAUUCAACACCUCGCGGCCUCGCCGCGCAGAACCUCUUCCAACUCCCAACUCGACAACGAUAAAUACACCAUAACGCUGUCAACGCUGACAGCUCUCCAUCGCCAACCCGCCCCUGUCUUUUCCUGUAUUCUCAAUAUAACCCCACCCUUUAUUUUGAAUCUCAGAUACCCCCCAGCUUUGUUCCUCGCCUGCGCUUUGGCUCUCUUCGAGAUCUUCUUCAAUGGCUUCUCACGGCGGACACCCACCGGAUCCCUACGCUCCCUCCGCACCAGCCCUGCCCCAGUCGCACGGGCAGGAGCAGCAACAGUACCAGCAUCCUCCACCCCAGUACGGGCACUCUUACGGGCAGGUUUCUUCGUCUUAUGGUUACUCCGGUUUCCCGCCGGGCACGCACCCAGAUGUCAUCAGAAGCUUUCAGAUGGUUGACAGGGAUGGGAGUGGGUUCAUAGACGAGAAUGAGUUGCAGCAGGCGCUUUCUUCUGGGUACCAAAGGUUUAGUCUGCGGACUAUUCGGCUGCUCAUGUUCCUCUUUAAAAAUCCCCGUGAUUCGCUUAGAAUCGGGCCCAAAGAGUUUGCUGCAUUGUGGAGUUGUCUGGGUCAAUGGCAUGCCAUAUUUCAGAGAUUUGAUGGAGACCGCAGUGGUAAAAUUGAUUCAAUGGAAUUGAGAAAUGCUCUCUAUAGUCUUGGGUAUGCCAUCCCGCCAUCCGUUCUUCAGGUUUUGGUCUCCAAAUAUGACGAUGGAAGUGGGCGAAAGGGUGAACUCAAUUUCGAUAGUUUUGUGGAGUGCGGAAUGAUUGUGAAGGGAUUGACCGAAAAAUUCAAGGAGAAGGAUCCGCGCUAUACAGGCUCAGCAACGCUUACUUAUGACACAUUCAUGACCAUGAUCCUUCCAUUUCUUGUUUCAUAACUGGCUUGAAAAGAUAUAUAAUAUUCCAUUGUUGAAUCCAUCCUGAUUUGUUUUAUGUGAUUGCAAUUGUUUGUUUGGUUUAAGCCGAAACGUGUACAUUGAGAAAUUAGGAGUUUCGGGAUUCUAAUUGUGUGUUGUAUCCAUUCUUUGGCCAAUCGAUUUUUAAGUUGAAUUUGUGAGCAGUUGUGAAUUUCAGUUUUUGGAUUUGAAUUUGUAUGUAUUUAAAAGAAAAUCAACACAAUUUUAUACUA